AACCGCGCAAGGCACUAAGAUAACAGAAGGCGGCUACUGGUUUGUGAGCCUUGCUGCCCCUCCUUCCAAUCUUCCCCACCACAUACAUUCAGUAACCUUACUCGCCAUGCUUCCAUGACGUAGUAGAGCCAAACGGCUGUGUUCGAAUAUGCCACCAAAAAAAGAUAAGUUCCCUCCUCAAAAGGUCAAUCUUCGCCAGUUCUUCAAACCAGUACCCCCGAAGCCAGAGACAAAAGACGCCACGUCCAGUGUCUCUGAUAAGCCUCCUACCACCAUGACCAAGAAGGAGAAUGAACAGCCUACGCCCCAAUCCGAGCCUGCCGACGCGCAGCCCUUCUCUAGUGAACCCCGGAUGACCAGCCAGCUCACCAUUGCUGCAAGGAGUGAUAUAUCAGAGCUUUCGCAGCCCCAAGCCACCUCUCACCCUCCCACAACCGCCACCGACAGGAAGAAUGAACUUCCUCCACCCCAGCCCAAGCCUGCGGAAGCGCAACCCUUCUCUAGCCAACCCCAGAUGACCAGCCAGCUCACCAUCGAGGACUCAGACGAAGACAGCGACCUCUCUGAUUUAGACAGUGAUCCAUCGCAGGCUUCGCCGCCCCAUGUCAUCUCUUACGAGUCGGCUUCGAUAAGCACGCCCACGGGGGAUGUACCAGCUGCCGCUCGCACGGCUAGAACCAGGACAGCACCGCACCUCAAACCAACGCCCAAGCUAAAGACAAAGGACUCCGGAAGCAGCCUCUCUGAUACUUAUUCCACAACUACCACCAGCAACAAUGAUCACUCCCCGCCCAAACCCGGGCCUGCCGAUGCACAAUCUGUCUCUACCAAAACCGAAAUGGCCACUGGCCAGGAAGACUUCUGGGACUCGUUCACUAAAGAUGACAACUCCUCUGGUUCGGACUCUGAUCUGCCAGAUCUUUUCACACCACCCACCACCUCACAAAAGCCCAGAAGGAGUACACGCAAAUUACGAGAUGCCGGUUCCACGACUAAAUCGAGGGCACAGUCGUACGCCUCUCCGUUAACGUUCCAGCCAAAACAUAAAUACAAAUUCAGUAUCACGUCGCUGGUCAGCCAGUCACAGAGGCACGAGGCUACAGAGGCCAGCGCGCAGAGAGCGAAAACUAUAUUAGAUGAGCCAGGGAACGGGGAGGAGGCAGGGCAACAAGAUGACAAAGAGGCACUGCUGGAAUCGGUGAUUGCGGAUAAGGAUACCGACAGCGCGAACAAGAUCCUGCAAGCCGUUGCGCGCACCGAGGCUACAUCAACGGAGAAGAGAUGGUACUUCUUUGACCCUGACAGCAAGGUGCCAACCCACAAGCCAACAAAUACUCCGGCCAAUAUUUCAAAAAUAUAUCAGAAAUGGAACCAAGGGGGGGUGAUAGACAGAGACUCGACGGCUGUUUCUGGAGCUAUGAGUAAUGCGGCCCGUACCCAGGAAGAGCUGUCUGAAAAGGAAUUCUUGUGGAUUUUAGAGAUGUCGUGCACACAGCCAGCUACAAAUCUUGAAGAGUCAUACUUUGACGCUCUGCUUGCCGCCCCCGGAGCGAUAGACAAAUACCUUCGCCCGAAAGCUGUCAAAAAAAUAUUUGAUCUGUUAGGCGCUCUUCGCCAAGCAACCGAUCGGAAGGCCAACGUCGAAGCCGUCGGUGUUUAUAAAAAGGCGUACAGGGGGCGCAACUUGGAUACCCUACAGCGGUAUAUAAAAUUCCUUGGCGAUGCAGCGAAGUCUGCAACGCCGGUUACAUGUGCUUAUACGACGUCUCUGCUAGCAAGGCUUUGCGCGGAUAACCUCGUGAAGGAAAAUAACAUGAUUUUAUCUAUCGUGCGUUACGCUAUGGGAGAGCUCUGUGAUGCCAUUGAAAAACAUGGUGCCUGGGAGAUUUCAUGCCACCAAAUAUGCUCUAAUAUAUAUAAAACAGUGGCACAGGAGCCAAUUUGCCUACACAUUCUUGAGUGUAUACCGGGCUCUACUCCUCACCUCAUCGACCUACGAGCGCGACUCUCUCUCUCUGUGUUCUGCCGGGACUGUGACCUAACCCAAAAGCCCGCUAAAGAAACUGUCGAGCUGCGAAAGCUCAUGCAGGUGCUGAGCGGCCCCAGGUUUCAGAUAAACAGAGAGACAGACUAUGUGCAGCUCGCAGCGUUGAUAUCCCUCCUCGACAUUGCCAUCGACGACGGGUCCGGGGCCGAUCUCGACGUGAGCGAUCCGCAAGCUGAAGAGGAAUAUAAUUCCUGCCUCGAUGAGUUGGCGUACCUGCUCAAGGUCAUAUGGAGUAGCAUCAACGACCGCGGGACUUUGUCCCCAUCACGUAUCCACACAAAGCGGACAGUAGAAAAGUUGCGGAACCGACUGUUAGAGAUGGUUCGGACGCGUCUGAAGCCCAGGCAGAGUAUAUUUGACCUGUCAGGACAAGGAGCGGAGAGGGAGGGCGCGCUGAAGCAGUCGGCCUUUAUGACAAAACACUUUAGAAAACCAAUAACUAAUGAAUAAUGGCGGCGAUAUGAAAUCCUUGGGUCAGAGGCCGGAGUUCAAAUAGAUCAAUGAUAAUGUCACAGAGUAUAAAUUUAGA